AUGUUGACUGAAUAUUAUGAUGUGUUUGUCGAACCAAAGGGGCUGCCACCAUACAGAGAAGUUGAUCAUCGCAUCCAUUUACAACUGGGUUCAACACCUGUUAAUGUUCACCCCUACAGCUCCAAUGAGGAUACACAUGUGGAACAUUUGAGGCAAGUACUGCAGUUGCUACGACAACACAAAUUCUUUGCAAAGGCAAGUAAGUAUUUGGGAUAUUUGGUAUCUGCUCAGGGGGUUCAAGCCGAUCCUUCGAAGAUUACAGCCAUGGUUCAAUGGCCGCAACCUCAAUCUAUGAAACAACUACAUGGUUUUCUUAGUUUGACAGGGUAUUACCGCCUUUUUGUGCAACAUUACACUACCAUUGCUGCCUCUUUGACGGAGCUAUUGAAAAAGGAUAAUUUUCAAUGGUGA